AUGUCUCCUUCUGACUUCUUGGAUAAGUUGAUGGGGCGAACUUCAGGAUACGAUGCCAGGAUCAGGCCAAAUUUUAAAGGCCCACCAGUGAAUGUCAGCUGCAACAUUUUCAUCAACAGCUUUGGUUCGAUUGCAGAAACAACUAUGGAUUACAGGGUGAACAUCUUCCUGCGACAGCAGUGGAAUGACCCGCGGCUGGCAUACAACGAAUAUCCUGAUGACUCUCUGGACCUGGACCCCUCUAUGCUGGACUCCAUCUGGAAGCCUGACUUGUUCUUCGCUAAUGAGAAAGGGGCCCAUUUCCAUGAGAUUACCACAGACAACAAGCUUCUGAGGAUCUCCAGAAAUGGCAAUGUCCUCUACAGCAUCAGGAUCACGCUGACUCUGGCCUGCCCCAUGGACCUCAAGAACUUCCCCAUGGACGUACAGACGUGCAUCAUGCAGUUAGAAAGCUUUGGCUACACAAUGAAUGAUCUCAUAUUUGAGUGGCAAGAAAAAGGAGCCGUGCAAGUUGCUGACGGGCUGACUUUGCCUCAGUUUAUCCUCAAAGAAGAAAAAGACUUGAGAUACUGCACAAAGCACUAUAACACAGGCAAGUUCACCUGUAUAGAAGCUCGUUUCCACCUGGAGCGGCAGAUGGGCUAUUACUUGAUCCAGAUGUACAUCCCCAGCCUCCUUAUUGUCAUUCUGUCCUGGAUCUCCUUCUGGAUCAAUAUGGAUGCUGCACCUGCUCGUGUUGGCCUGGGGAUCACCACGGUGCUCACUAUGACCACACAGAGCUCUGGUUCCCGAGCAUCACUGCCCAAGGUGUCCUAUGUGAAGGCCAUAGACAUCUGGAUGGCUGUGUGCUUGCUGUUUGUGUUCUCUGCACUUCUAGAGUACGCUGCCGUCAACUUUGUGUCUCGGCAGCACAAAGAGCUGCUCAGGUUCAGAAGGAAGAGGAGGCACCAUAAGAGUCCCAUGCUGAAUCUGUUUCAGGAGGAUGAAGCUGGCGAAGGCAGGUUCAACUUCACUGCCUACGGGAUGGGACCAGCUUGCCUACAAGCCAAGGAUGGCAUCUCCGUCAAGGGCGCCAACAACAACAACACAGCCAACCCGGUCCCCCAACCGUCCCGCUCCCCCGAGGAGAUGCGAAAGCUCUUCAUUCAGCGAGCCAAGAAGAUCGACAAGAUCUCACGCAUCGGCUUCCCCAUGGCGUUCCUCAUCUUCAACAUUUUCUACUGGAUCAUCUACAAGAUCGUCCGCAGAGAGGAUGUGCACAACCAGUGAGGGAAGGGGAGCAGCUGGG